AUGAGCGACGACGGCAAGCACAAGCGCUGGUUCCCACUCGAGUCCAAUCCGGAGGUUAUGAACUCAUACGUGGAGAAGAUGGGCUUCCCUACGUCUCAAUUCAGCUUCUGCGACGUGCUAAGCACCGAGGAGUGGGCGCUGGCUAUGGUGCCGACCCCCGUGGUGGGGGUCAUCAUGCUUUUUCCGAUCAAGCCACACGCUGACAAGCAGGAGGCAGUCAGGAUCGAGAAGGACGGACAAACAGUGUCUCCCAACGUCUACUACAUGCGGCAGACCGUUGUAUUGAGCUCUGUCAUAUAA